CGUAUAAGAAGUAUUGUUUAUAAACAAAAAUGAUUAUUUUGAUUUUAGUGGUUCUAGCAGUGAUUUUAUUUCACUAUGUAAAACGCAUAUAUUCAUUUUGGGAACGUCAGAAUUUUCCAUAUGAUCAGAAUAGUAAAAUACCAUACGGUUGUUUGGAAUCCGUCGCUAAACAUAAGAAGUCUAUGGGUAUGACAAUGUAUGAUGUCUACUUAAGAUCGAAAGAACGUUUUUUGGGUGUUUAUUUAUUAUUCCGACCGGCGAUUCUAGUACGUGAUGUUGAUUUAGUACGUCAUGUAUUGGCAGAGGAUUUUGCUAGUUUCCAUGAUCGUGGCAUAUAUGUGGAUGAAGAAAAGGAUCCACUUUCAGCAAAUAUAUUCUCAUUAGAAGGCAAAAGUUGGCGUGAUAUGCGUAUUAAGUUAGCACCACUUUUUACAUCCGGAAAAUUAAAGGCAAUGUUCAGUACUUCAGAGGAAGUAGGCGAUAGAAUGAUUGCCCAUUUAAAUACACUGAUACCGGAAAAGGGUACUAUGAAGAUUGAUUUAAAGGAAAUUUUUACAACUUAUGCUAUUGAUAUUAUAGGCUCAACCAUUUUUGGUUUGGAUAUCAACAGUUUCGAGAACCCUACUAACAAAUUUAGAAAUAUAGUUCGUUUAUCCCACAAAAAUACACAUCCUGCCGCAAUUUUGGGUAUGCUGUUAUAUUUGUUUCCAUCGUUGGUUAAAUUUUUGUUCCGUAAAUUUGGAUUGAAGAAUCCAGUGGCAUUAGAAAUGCUUAAAAUAGUAAAGGACACUAUCGAAUAUCGUGAAAAACAUAAUAUUGUACGUAAGGACAUGUUGCAGCUAUUAAUGCAAUUAAAAAAUACCGGUAAAAUUGAGGAAGAUGAUAACUUCGAUGCUAAAGUAACAAAGAAAGCAGGAAGUUUCAUUGAAAAUAUUUCAAUUGAAACCAUAACAGCACAGGCGUUUGUAUUUUACAUUGCUGGUCAAGAAUCUACAGCCUCAGCAGCUGCUUUAACUAUCUUUGAACUCGCACAAUAUCCUGAUAUACUGAAAAAAGUUACCGAAGAGGUCAAUAGAGUUUUAGCUGAAAAUAAUGGGAAAAUUACUUACGAAACUUUGCAAAAAAUGGAGUACCUAGAAUUGUGCAUUAAUGAAACUUUACGAAAGUAUCCUAGCUUGCCAUUAAUGAAUCGUAUUUGCACACAAGACUAUCAAAUACCAGGCAGUGAUAAAAUUAUCAAGAAGGGAACAAAUGUUCUUAUAUCUCUAUUUGGUAUACAUCGUGAUCCGGAACAUUUUCCAGAUCCAGAAAUCUAUAUUCCAGAACGUUUUCUACCUGAAAAUAGUAAUUACAAUCCCAAAGCUUAUAUGCCUUUCGGUGAAGGUCCACGUCAUUGUAUAGCACAACGCAUGGGUAAAAUUAAUUCUAAAUUGGGUGUAGUAAAGAUUUUACAAAAUUUCAAUAUUGAAAUAAUGCCAAAACAAGAUAUCGAAAUCGAUAACUAUUCAAUUCUUAUUGUACCAAAAGGUGGAGUUAAUGUUCGCCUAUCGAAAAAAUAAACAAA